GGGCUUCGCCGAACAGAGACGUCACUUCCGGCAGCCGCGAACGAAAUGGCGAACGUGGGCAGCGGCGGCGGCGGCGGCGGCGGGAAGAUGGCGGACAAGGAGAAGAAGAAGAAGGAGAGCAUCCUGGACCUGUCCAAGUACAUCGACAAGACCAUCCGCGUGAAGUUCCAGGGCGGCAGGGAAGCAAGUGGUGUCCUGAAAGGCUUUGACCCCCUGCUGAACCUGGUGCUGGAUGGAACCAUCGAGUACAUGCGAGACCCUGAUGAUCAGUACAAGCUGACGGAGGACACAAGGCAGCUGGGACUGGUGGUCUGCAGAGGCACUUCUGUGGUUCUCAUCUGUCCCCAGGAUGGGAUGGAAGCAAUUCCCAACCCCUUCAUUCAGCAGCAGGAUGGAUGAUGCUGCCUUGGACUCUCAGGGGACUUCCUGGGUGCAGAUCUUCACACGGAGCUAGCAGUGUGAGAGGCUCCCCCUGUGGUGGGCAGGGGCUGGGGUCUGUGUGUGUUAGUGUGACCCAACAGGCAGCUUUUCUUUUGGUGGCUUCCCAGCAGUGCUGAGGGCCUGGUGCUUGCUGGCCAAGAGGCCAGCUCUGAUUUAUCUUCUCCCCACCCCAAAAUGUGUAACCACCUCUAGAGCUGACGAGAGAAAUGUUGGCCUGGAACUGUCUGAGGGCCAGCCUGGAAGCCAGCACAGACUAAAGGAUGCCCUGGAUGGUGGUUACAAUUAUUUACAUCUUAAACCAGAUUAAAAUCUGUUGGAUCUGAAUGGGUCUCCAGCCUGACCAGCUUAGAACUUGUUUUCCUUCCCCUGAGGUGUCAGCCCCCAGCUCUAGAGUUCAGCCUCUCUUGCCUGCUUGCUGCAGUGCCUGCAGGAAGCUGACUCCUUGCAGCCCCUUGGCAUCAUUCCAGCCAAGAAGGUCUCUCCUAGCACUUGUCCCAGCUCCUGUGGGCUCUGGUCUCUGUCAGGAGGCCUCCCACAUUGCCACAGGAGGGCUGGGAUAAAAUCUGAGAUGGUUCUUGGCUGAGUUGUCCAUUUGGUGCUGGGUGGGGGGAAGAAAGGUUGAGCUGCUCAGGUCAGCAGUAGGCAGUGCCUGGGAGGCUGCAGGGUCUGUCCUGUGCCUGUCCACUGCUCCUGCCCCUGGGAGCCUGCUCUCUAAGGGACCACUUUUAUACUGCAGCAACACUCCAAGAGUUCUGAGUGAAUAAAGAGAUGAAUCUGUUCCUAAA